AUGUCCCCCUUUUUCUUAUUCUAUUUUAUUAGCCGAAAGGUAUUGUCCACUUGGUCACAAAUCCAACAGAAGGAACAAAGGCAAAGUUAUCCUCAUGUUAUUCAACGUGAUGUUGUCGGGUUAGAGAAGGACAAAGAGAAAUUAGUCUCGCAGUUGGUGAAAGAAGAAAAAGGCCUCCAAGUUGUAUCUAUUUGGGGGAUGGGCGGUUCAGGAAAGACCACUCUUGCAAAACAAGUUUAUGAUCACAAUGAAGCUAUUAAGCGUCACUUCGAUUGUUUUGCUUGGGUGUGUGUAUCACAACAAUGCCAAGGAAAAGAGGUUUUGGAAGAUAUUUUGAUCAAGCUUACUCGUGCCACCGAAAAAGAGGACAUAGAAGAAAUUUUGAAAAUGAAGAAGGAACAAAUAGCAGAAAGGCUUUGCAUCAUCCAAAAAGAAAAGAAAUGUUUGGUGGUUCUUGAUGAUAUUUGGACUCCUGACGCGUGGAACUCUUUAAAACCUGGAUUUCCAAUUGGUGAGGAAACAAAGACUCGUAUAUUACUCACCACUCGGAAGAAGGACGUUGCUGAAAUUGCUGGAGAAAAUUGUUCUGUUCAUGAAUCUCGUAUGCUAGAUGAUAAGGAAAGCUGGGAACUGUUUAAGAAGAUAGCAAUCUCUCGAAGAGAUCAAACAAACUCUAAAAUUGAUGCUGAGAAGGAAGAACUAGGAAAGGAGAUGCUUAAACAUUGUGCAGGUCUACCAUUAGCUAUUACUGUGCUUGCGGGACUUCUAGCUAGAAAAGUCACAGUUGAGGAGUGGAAAACAGUAAACAAGAAUGUCCAUGCGUAUAUACGGAGAGGAACUAAUCUUGAUCAAGAAUACAAAGGCGACCAAGAAUAUGCAGGUGCAUUAAGGGUGUUAGCAUUGAGUUAUGACGAGUUACCAUAUCGUUUAAAACUAUGCUUUCUAUAUUUAGGCCAUUUUGCAGAGGAUUAUGAGAUACCGGUCAAAAGAUUGGCUCAGUUAUGGAUAGCAGAAGGUUUUAUAUCUUCAGCAUCCCAAAGACAUGGUUCAGCGGAAGUAUUGGAAGAUGUAGCAUAUACUUGCUUAAGUGAGUUGGUGCAAAGAUGUAUGGUUCAAGUUGGAACACUUGGUUCAACUAAGAAGAUCAAAACAUGUCAUCUUCAUGAUCUUAUGCGAGACUUGUGCUUGGUAAAGGCAGAAGAGGAGGACUUUCUUCACGUUGUAAAUUUUACCAGCACGAUAACCAAGACAGCGACAAUUCCUAAAGGUCGAAGACUUGCUGUACAUGUGGAAACAGAAUUUGUUGAUAAAUUUGCUCCCACAAGAAAUGACCACCUUAGGUCUUUGUUAUUCUUUGUCGACCCAGAAUAUGGAUUCUCCAACUGGAAGAAAAAAUUCUUGCGGUCAGUAGUAUGCAACUUCAAAUUGCUCAGGGUUCUAAAGUUUGAAGGCAUACGGAGAAAAGUAGAGUUGCCGAGUACUAUUGGGAAUCUAAUCCACUUAAGGUUUUUAAGUCUAAGGGGAAGUAAAGUAAGACGGUUGCCAUCAUCUUUAGGUAAUUUGGUAUGUUUGCAAACUCUAGACUUACGCUUGCUUGUUGGGAGGGUGGUGAAAGUACCAAAUGUGAUUUGGAAGAUGAAAGAAUUGAGACAUUUAUAUUUACCCGUAUGGAACGGAGGGAGGUUGAAGUUGGCUGCUCUUGGGAAUUUGCAGAGUUUAGUCAAUAUUGCAGGUGCUGAUUGUGAUUUGAAUCAUCUUGCUGAAUUGACCAAUCUCAGAAAACUGUUCGUAUCAGGUGGGGUGGAAAAUAUGGAGGCAAAGUUGAAAUCUACUGGCAUCACAUUUAACCAUCUUCGAUAUCUAUCUGUGCUCUGUCCUGCAGAAGGUAUACCAAUGAAUAUGGUAUUGAGUUGUCCUCAUAUAUACAAACUUCAAUUGAGAGGGAGAAUGAGAGAUGGAUCAUUGGAAGGUCUCCAGUACUAUCAGAACCUCACUAAGAUGUCGCUGUGUGAUACUAAUCUACAGUUGGAGAGUCUCAAAAUACUUGAGAAGAUCCCAAACUUAAGAAUGCUUUGGCUUGGUAGUUUUGCUUUGUCGAUUGUUUCAUCAGAAGUAGUUGUCUCAGAAGAAGGUUAUCCUAAUCUUGAAUUUCUUUCACUUGAUGGGUUGUGGGGAUUAAAGAGUUGGAGCAUAGAGAAAGGAGGCAUGCCUAGUCUCUGCAGAUUGUCUGUUCUCUGGUGCGCAUUGAGGGCAGUUCCUGAGGGGCUUCAGCAUGUUACUACCCUCAAGGAACUGACAAUCAGACGCAUGUCUCGGGAAUUCUGUAGAAGGAUUGGGGAGGGAGGAGAGGAUUUCUACAAAAUUCAACACGUGCCUUCUGUUAUAAUAACAGAUAUUCGGGGUAAAAUCAUAAUGUGUUUCUGUUAUCUUUUCCGGUUGUUCCUUGGAGGAGAAAGUGAAGGGGAGUCAAGUGUGGCAAAGGUGGCGAAUGCAGCUGGGAGGGCAAGGCCAAUCUCGCAAAAUUAG